AUGAUGCCAUUACAGAAUCAUCAUAGAGCAGUACUAGCAGUACUAACAGUAGCUGUGUGGUGCCUCUUAUUACUUCCACCACCAGCCCACGCCCAAACAGACGAACAUGGGUUACUGCAGACAUAUUCCUUCAAUUGGGGCACCUUUGCCAUUUUUGCCUCCUACGUGCCGCUCAUCAGCAUUUGCUUGGGAAAUUACCGAUCAGCCGUGGAAGCGCACACGUAUUGGAAUGCUACGGAAGACCAGAUCUUGUUGGCCCGUCGGUGCAUUUGGACGGCCGCCUUGGAAGCCAUUGGUGUGUUUUUGAUGCUAAUUAUAAUAUCGGCCAUUACCAUUGCGCUCUUGACGAAUCCGUUGGACGAACGCAUGGAUUACAUCAUUGAAGGAGUCUCCCGAUUGACAUCCAGUGUCAUUCAAUUUCAAUUGUCCAUACGAGUGGCCAUUUGGAUGGGCGUCUACCAGAAUCCUUUUUCUUCGGCCAAACAAAUGAUUGAGGUCGACAAAGUGGGCACCACCGUCGUCGAAUUGAAACAUCGCGUGCGAUGGAGUGUCUCGAAACGCAUUUUACGGUCCUUUUUCUUUCUCUGCUUUUUAUUCCAAGGCGCCAAUGCUGCCGAAUUGCCAUUGGCCAUUCUAGCGGGGUUAGCGUUUGGAUUCUUUGUCGAUUGGGGCAUUUACAAAGCCCGACGCUUUGAAAGCCGCUGCAGGCAAAGCGCGUUCAACAUUUCCUUUCUCGUCGGACUCACCUUUUGGUCCCUCGUCCAAUUGGCCAAUGGCGUGCUCUUUAUUGCCGCUGUGUGGCAGGAUACCAAUGACGUCGAAGAAUCGACUUGGGAUAUUUGGGCGUUUUUCAUUGGGGUCGUUUUGUUUCCGGCCAUUCACAUUACCAUUUACUGUCUGACCCGGCGCAAGGGAGACGACGACGACGAAGAAGAAGAAGAAAUCAACCAAGUAGUGGGAGGCGAAUCGGUCACGAGUAGUGCCAAGACGACAGUCAGCAAACCUCGACCGAGAAUGGCCGCCAGCAUGUUCUUUUCCGAUCGAAACGUCAUCAAAAAGAAGCUAGAGGAAUCCAAAGAUGUACACGUAGCAGCGGCAAUGGCAGAGAUCGAGGAAGAGGAGGAAGGAAACGAAGAAGAGGGUGAGAAGGGAGGAGCAGACGUAGAGAAGGAUGGACAAGAGGGGGAUAAAGAAGGAGGAGAGAAGGAAGGACAAGCGGAUCAAGUUCAGGGAGAAGACGGAGCACACCAGGAAGGACAAGAGAUGGGGAUUGAAGCCGGAGUACAAAAGGAAGAAGAAGACGGCGAGCACGAAAUCCAGCCGACGGAACUGGAGUCUGGAAUGGAGACGAACGAAACCGAAGCACAACAACAAUCAACACCAGAGAGUCCCCAGAAAGAUGGCGACAAUGAUGAGAUGCCUCCUACCCUCUGGGAACUCAUGAUGGAUUGGCAAUGGUGUGGAUGCGCACGUGGAGAUGACAUGUCCGCGAUGGAAAAAACCACCAAUGUGAUUGUAUGGAUCCUAUAUUUGGCUAUCUGUGCCUUGUGCCUAUUCUUUGUCGUGAUCAAUAUUGGAUCGACACAACAACAGGAGGCAGUUCGUGUCAAGUUGCCAUUUGUCUAUGGAGCGCUGUACGAGUUUAUGGACGAAGGACCCGUGUGCGCGUACAAUAACAAAGGGGCCAAUUCUACCAUUACCACAUUUCCCGACAAGGAUGCGGCACACGCCGCAGGGUUUCUCAUUCUGCAUUGCGGAGCCUGUUCCAAUUGUUCCACGUGGGGCAAUCUGGAGAUACAAUAUACGACGCGCGAAUGUCUCGCACUGGAAGGACGAAAGUGUGCGCAAGGGUCCUUGUUUGGAGGAGGAUACGACGCCCUCGUGGAUUGCAUCGAGUCCGAUUCGAUUGGCUUUCAAGGCCAAUGCGCCGUUUGCUGGGCCGACGACAUCAAGUGCACCAUAUCCCAUUGCUGGGCCAUUGGAGUGCAAUCCUUCUUUAUCAACACAUUGGCAAACUUUAAAGUCGGAGAGGACACAAUCACGUCGGCAACCUGCGAAGAAGCGCACUGCGAAGCUGGAAAUCCGGGUGACUUUGUAGCGUGUUCGGGAGCCAAUCGUCGACGCAUGAACAUUACAAGCAGCAUUGCACGUCCAGGGGCGCAGCAGUGCAGCAUUGUGGAUGUGGAUUAUCCAAAAUUGUUCCCCAAAGACAAGUGUAUGUGA